GAGACCUUUCUCCCUUCACACCCCACCGCCCAUCGCCGCUUGCUCUCGCCCGAAUCUCGCUCCCUACCACCUGCAAUUCCCCUCGGUGGUCUUCCCAAUGGAUAACAAUAUGGAAAUCGAUACCGCGCGGUCGCCCGAACCUCACCACCUCUCCCCGACGACCGACCCGGGUUCCAUACCCACCCUCGACGGAUGGAUCGAGAGCUUGAUGACCUGCAAGCAGCUGGCAGAGGAAGAUGUUCGGAGACUGUGUGAUCGGGCGCGAGAGGUACUGCAAGACGAGUCCAACGUUCAGCCCGUGAAAUGCCCAGUGACUGUGUGCGGUGAUAUCCACGGCCAGUUCCACGAUCUGAUGGAGCUUUUCCGCAUCGGUGGUCCCAACCCCGACACGAACUACCUCUUCAUGGGUGACUACGUCGACCGUGGUUACUACUCCGUAGAGACCGUCACACUCCUUGUCUGCUUGAAGAUCCGCUACCCGCAGCGUAUCACCAUCCUGCGAGGAAACCACGAGUCCCGCCAGAUCACGCAAGUCUACGGGUUCUACGACGAGUGCCUGCGCAAAUACGGCAACGCCAACGUGUGGAAAUACUUCACCGACCUUUUCGACUAUCUCCCCCUCACCGCACUCAUUGAGAACCAGAUUUUCUGUCUGCACGGCGGUCUGAGUCCGUCGAUCGACACGCUCGACAACAUCCGCUCCCUGGACCGCAUCCAGGAGGUGCCGCACGAGGGCCCCAUGUGUGAUCUGCUGUGGAGUGACCCCGACGACCGAUGCGGCUGGGGGAUCUCCCCCCGUGGAGCGGGUUACACAUUCGGACAGGACAUCUCGGAGGCGUUCAAUCACAACAACGGCUUGACUCUGGUUGCACGGGCGCACCAGCUGGUAAUGGAGGGUUACAACUGGUCGCAGGAUAGAAACGUGGUCACGAUCUUCUCAGCUCCUAAUUACUGCUACCGUUGCGGCAACCAAGCCGCAAUCAUGGAGAUUGAUGAGCACCUCAAGUAUACGUUCUUACAAUUCGAUCCCUGCCCGCGCGCAGGAGAGCCCAUGGUCUCGAGGCGCACCCCGGAUUACUUCCUGUAAUCAGUUUCUUCGUUGUGAUAGACAUUUUCCUUUCCACCUCCCCGCUGGCAAAGUUGAGGCUCUUCUUUCGUCGACUUCCUUCGAGAGGACUCCCGGGAGGAUCAUUCGAAAUCAAGGGAUACAAUAGCAGGGGCCCGCGGUCUGGCUACACCGUUUUAAAGUAAUUGUAUGUCCGUAUUUUCUGGCCCGUGUUGAUACCAAAUUCAUGAAAAUAAAAA